AUGGCAUGGAUGGAAUGCAGGUAUGCGCAGUUGAACAUUCCAAUUUGUGUUCGAAGGUGUUCUAUCGUUAAAACCCAACCAGGACGAGCUGGUCGUCCUGCUGAUUGGAUGCUAGGCCAUUGUGCGUCCGUAAAUGCCCUAUCGGUGAACCGGGGAGACGCGGCCCACAGGGAGAAGAAGGUGAACGCGGCAGACGCGGGAGCAAUGGAGUGCCAGGGAAACCUGCUCUACCUUCUCCUGCGGAAGAAUGUGGUGAAAUGGGCGAGCAAGGAUUCAGAGGCAUUACCCGACCACCAGGAGAGCCUGAUGAACAGGGAAAGGUGUUCACAGCGGAUGGGCGACCCGGCAAGAUUAUUGAAGGCAGAUAGUGAUUUGAGGAAAUGCUAUUUAAUUACAGCUUGGAAGGACAAUCUGGAGAACGCGGGUACUCCGGACUGA